AUGUCCAACCAGGAUCUGAACAUCACAGCAAAGCUCAUCAAUGGAGGUGUGGCAGGACUUGUGGGGGUGACCUGCGUGUUCCCCAUCGACUUGGCCAAGACUCGACUGCAAAACCAGCAGGGAAAUGCGGUCUACAAAGGAAUGGUAGAUUGUCUGAUGAAGACAGCCCGAGCAGAGGGCUUCUGGGGCAUGUACCGAGGGGCUGCCGUGAACCUAACCUUGGUCACUCCGGAAAAGGCCAUCAAGCUGGCAGCCAAUGACUUCUUCCGGCAACUGCUCAUGGAAGAUGGGGCACAGCGGAAUCUGAAGAUGGAGAUGAUAGCUGGAUGUGGAGCUGGAAUAUGCCAGGUGGUUGUGACCUGUCCCAUGGAAAUGCUCAAGAUUCAGCUGCAGGAUGCCGGCAGACUGGCCGUCCUCCACCAAGGUCCAGCAUCGGCACUUUCCUCCUCCAGACCCUAUACUACUGGUUCUUCCUCCACCCACAAGCGCCCGUCUGCCACCCUCAUUGCCCGGGAGUUGCUUCACACCCAGGGUCUGGCUGGCCUCUACAAAGGUCUAGGUGCCACUCUCCUCAGAGACAUCCCCUUCUCCAUCAUCUACUUCCCACUAUUCGCCAACCUGAACAACCUUGGGCUCAGUGAGCUUACUGGGAAGGCUUCCUUUGCGCAUUCCUUUGUGUCGGGCUGUGUUGCAGGUUCUGUAGCAGCCGUCGCAGUAACACCUCUGGAUGUUUUGAAAACCCGAAUCCAAACCCUCAAGAAAGGCCUGGGAGAGGAAGCCUACAGUGGGAUCGUAGACUGUGCCAGGAAACUCUGGAUUCAGGAGGGAUCAUCUGCCUUCAUGAAAGGAGCAGGCUGCCGGGCCCUUGUCAUAGCUCCUCUCUUUGGCAUUGCUCAAGGUGUCUAUUUCAUUGGGAUUGGAGAGCGCGUCUUAAAGGUUUUUGAGUAG